AUGGGGGAAGCUGCUGGCCAUUGGUUUGAGAAAGGCAUUUGUAGGAGAAUUGGUGAAGGUGCUGAUACCCGAUUCUGGCAGGAAGAUUGGCAUGGUGGGGGAUUAUUUAGUGAACUCUUUCCUAAUUUAUUUUUUAUUUCUGCUCAACAAAUGUGCAGGGUUGCUGAGAUGGGCAUGUGGACUGAAAAUAAUUGGCACUGGGAUUUAAAGUGGUCUGAAGAAAUCAUGGGUAAUAUUUUAUCUCAGAGAAAUGAGUUACUGAGGAUGAUCAUCACUGUUCAAUUGGUGAGAGGGAAAUCAGACUCAUGGCGCUGGAAAUAUGAAGGCAAUGAGAUCUAUUCAGUAAGCUCUGCUUAUGAAAAACUUAUGGACUUUGAUUUAUCAGACAUGGAUACAAAUUUCACGACUCUGUGGUCGACCUUGGCCCCUUCAAAUGCAUUAGUGAUGUGCUGGCGGGUUUUCAUUGAUCGUAUUCAGUCUAAGGUAAAUCUUAUUGCUCGCAAUAUUCCAUUGGCUAGCUCACUGUGCUCUUUGUGUUUGAUACAGGAGGAAAAUACAAAUCAUCUUUUCAUAUUUUGUCCAUUUGCUUGGCGUGUUUGGGCACUCACCUUAAGGUGGUUGGGCUGGCUCUUUGUUCCCCCUGCACUUGCUAGAGAUCAUUUCCAGCAGUUUAUUGGUGUUGGUUCAGGCUCAAUGAAGAAAGGCCUCGCAAUAAUUUGGGUGGCAGUUAUUUGGCAGAUUUGGAUUUCUAGGAAUGGGUUAAUUUUUCGUCAGGAGCAUUCGACGCUAGAACAGGUUUUUGAUCAAGCUAGAAACAAAGCUUGGCUUUGGUUAAAAGCUAAGCAUAGAAGGUUCCAUCAUACAAUUUCUGAUUGGUUGGGUGAGUCAAUUGCAUGUUGUGCAGUCCUAUAA